UACGUCACUUCCUGCUACAAAAAUUGUAUCACUGCGUUCUAGAUCUUGUAUUUACCUGUCAUCAUCUUGUGAAAUAGUGGUUUCUUAAUAGUCCACACUGUCGUGACUCAGGAGUAUUUAGGCUUAAUUUUUCCAAUUAGUAAUUUUGUAAAAAUGGCUGAAGCCGAUUGGGAAGAAGUUACCUACAUUGGACACAGAGCCAAAGCAAACCAGCAGAGAUCGAAGCAGGCUAUUAAUUCAGCAAUGAGAAGUGGAGCAGAUAUUGAAACCACAAAAAAAUAUUCUGCAGGUCAAAACAAACAACUGUCAGCAGCAAAAAACACAGCAAAAUUGGAUCGUGAAACAGAGGAAUUGCAUCAUGACCAUGUCAGUCUGGAUGUUGCUAAACUGAUUCAGCAGGGUCGACAGUCAAAAGGAUUAACACAGAAGGACCUUGCCCAGAGAAUUAAUGAGAAACCCCAGGUGAUCAAUGAGUAUGAAUCUGGCCGUGCCAUACCUAACAACCAAAUAAUGGGCAAGUUAGAAAGAGCACUUGGUAUUAAACUUCGUGGGAAGGAUAAGGGCACAGCCAUUGCUACUCCUGCUGCCAGCGUGGCUGCUACUCCUGCAAAGAAGUGACUGCCUUCUGUAACAUUGUUUUGGAAAUUCUUCAGAAACGAACUUUUGGGUUUUUUUAACCAACACUGUGCAGUGUUCAGCUUUCUUGUUUCAGCAUGCAGUUAGCACGAAGAAUAUAUAACUAUAUGCAAUGGUAACCUUAAGAGUCAUUAUUAUUAACAAACCUUUAAAAAAAAAAUAUUUGACAGGAUACAUCUUUCUCGGGAAUUCAUAAAUGCGUCAUGCAUCCUCUUUUUUUAGGGAAGGGUUUUAUGUUCAUUUUUACAUAUACUUAUGUAAAGUUUAUCAUUUUUUAGAUAUAGUGCAUACCAAUUUGCUUUGUAGGGACAUGGAUGGGGUAAGCAUUUAUGCUCAAGAAACAGAUUGUGAUUUUUCUGAACAUAUGCAAUGCACAUUUUGUGUUGUGAAAUUCGUAUCCAAGAGCCAUGUUUGACAGGAUUCAUUGGCCAUCACCUGUGACAUUGGUAAUCUAACCAGUGCUUUCGUCUGGCUUCCACAGGAUACAUGCUUAUGGAGAUGGAACUUUCUUGUACUACUCCUCCUUUUGCCUUGUGCCAAUAAAGUGUUUGUUCAUGAAACAUA